AUGAGGUUGGUUGUCCCUGAUAAGUACUGCUCUCUUUCGACGAUCGUCAAGUCUGGCCGGCGUCGAUUAUCAAUCUCCCCUGUCUUUCUGCGCUCGUUGCUACUUAGGUGUAUAUCCUGGACCAUACUCUUUCACGGGAUGCCGCCAGGUCUGCGAUUGUACGCUCCAACGGGUUGGCCGGGAUCCACACCACCAGACAACCUCCCCCUCGAAAACCUCCCCAUCACAAGCCCCUACUGCGUCACCCCAGCCUGCAAAGCCUUCCGCGACGGCUACGCAGCCGACGAGCUCAAAACACCCCUCCUAGGCCUCCUAGACUACAGCUACUGGACCGUAGCCUUCUACACCGUCUGGCUCCUCCUCUUCACAUCCAUCCACAUCUCCCACCUCCUGCACGACCCGCACCCCCUGCCCCGCAAGCCCCGCCCCUCCACCACCGACCGCCUCACCGCCCGCCUACGCUUCUACACCUACCGCCGCCCAACCAACCAUCUCUCACGGGCCCUAGGCCUCCAACAAACCAGCUACGGCACCCUUGCUCUCUUCGCCUUGGGUAUGCUGUUCAUCCUCAUCCUACCAUGGCCUGCGCACCGCCUUCUCCGCGUGAGAUUCCGCUUCGGCUCCCCCCCGCUCAGCGUCCGCUGCGCUAUGAUGAUCUCCGCGCUCACGCCGCUCACGGUCGCGCUGGCGGGGAAAGUUAACGUCGUUACGGCGUGCACGGGGAUCGGGUACGAGAGGUUGAAUGUUUGGCAUAGGGGGGUUGCGUGGGCGGUUUUUGGGCUGGGGACUGCUCAUACGGUUCCACACCUUAUUGCUCCUGUGAGGGACGGCGGAUGGAGUAUGCUGGAUAAAUUGUAUGCGAAUCGGGCGCGGGAACUUAGUGGCACGGCGCUGUAUGGCGUUGUGUUUGGACUGACUGUUGCGUCUUUGCCGGGGGUGAGGAGGCGCUUUUAUGAGGCGUUUAAGUACUGCCAUGUCUUUCUGGGGGUGGCGUAUGUUUCUGUGUUCUUCUGGCAUGCGCAUGGGAAUCUGUGUCCGGGGUAUAUCUACGCCACGCUCGCCAUCCUCGUCGUAUCCAACUUGAUACGCCUUUUCCAGCGACAUCGUAAUCUCAGAUCGUUUGCCACGCUCGCCGGUUUUCCAACUACGGUGAAGCAUCUCCCCGGCCUCACUACGCGGGUUGCUAUCCAAGUGCCCAGGUCGUUUACUUGGAAACCAGGCCAGCACGUGUUUCUCCGCAUACCGCGUCUGGCCCUGCUUCAGAACCAUCCGUUUUCCAUUGCUAAUAUUCCUAUAUCUGAGGGAUGUGGAGAUGGUGCGGUGCAGGAGAUGGUGUUUCUCGUCCGGAGACGAGGGGGCUUCACGAAGAAGUUAGGCGAUGAACAUGAGAGCGGGGAAGGGAAUCUAGACUCGCCUCCUUGCAGUGGUGACUCGGGCGUAUCGACGAGCUCGGCGUCUGAUUUGGAGAAACCAUGCCUCUCGAUCGAAGACAAGUCCAACACCAUCACAAUGGAAGAGCUCGAAUCCACCCCCAACCUCACCACCCCUACACCCCAUCUCAUCACAAACAACCCCCCUCCUACUCCCCUACGCACCAUCAUCGACGGAUCCCACGGCACACACCACCGCCCCUACCACACCAUCUACGACACCAUCCUCUGCAUCGCAGGCGGAACAGGCAUAACAGCCUGCCUCCCGCACAUCCUCGACCUCGCACGCCGCGCCCCAACAUGCAGAACACGCACCCUCCACCUCAUCUGGCUCGUCCGCGACGUCGCGUGGCUGUCCUGGAUCGAGCGCGACCUCAGUGCUGCUAUGCGCGAUGUGCGGGGAAGCGCGUGCACGCUCGCGGUCGAUGUGUAUGUUACGCGGACUGCUGAGCGUCUUUGCGCAAGCCCGCUGGUGGUGGAGGCUGGACCGAUCUCGCCGCUUAGUCCGAUGGGCGAGGUGGUGUUUGGACGGGUUGGCGAUGGGCGGGGACUGUCACUUCCUCUGCCUGAGCGGCCGCGGCCGGUACUCCGACGACACGGCGGCGAAGCGGAUGUUUUUGCGUCUGCGGGUCGAGAGGAGAAGGAUGGCGGUGUUAAGGUGCAUUACUGUCGCCCUGUUGUGAGGCAUGUGGUUGAGCGGUGUGUUGGCGGCGAGCGCGCUGUGGUUAUAGCUUGUGGGCCUCCGUCGCUGUCAGCGGAAGUCGCGAAUACAGUUGCAGCGCUGCAGAAGCGUGUUUUGAGCGGCGCGAUGAGCGAGCUGGGGUUGGAGGUUGAGGUGUUUGGGUGGUGA